GUUCAGCUGAGAUCAGACUCCAGUGGAUCGGAGAGGAGAUCCGCAGCUGACAUUCACCACACAAGACACACUGUUCGGAUAACACAUCAGAUUCAACCGAACACCGUUUAUGGUUUUAACUGAAGAUUUCACAAUGUCUCGCGCCGACGAGGUCCACCGCAUCACGGAGAAUGCCUAUAAGACCAUCAUGGAGCAGUUCAACCCCUGUUUGCGGAAUUUCAUCGCCAUGGGGAAGAACUAUGAGAAGGCUCUCUCCAGUGUGACGUUUGCAGCGAAAGGUUAUUUUGACGCGCUGGUGAGAAUGGGCGAGCUGGCCAGUGAAAGUCAGGGAUCGAAAGAUUUGGGGGACGUGCUCUUUCAUAUGGCAGAGGUCCACCGGCAAAUUCAAGUGCAGUUAGAGGAAAUGCUGAAGUGCUUCCACAAUGAGUUGCUGUCAGAGUUGGAGAAGAAGGUGGAAUUGGACGCCAGAUACUUGACUGCGGCUCUUAAGAAGUACCAGAUUGAACACAAAAGCAAAGGAGAGAGUCUGGAGAAGUGCCAGGGGGAGCUGAAAAAACUGCGGAGGAAGAGCCAGGGCAGCAAAAACCCCUCCAAGUACGGAGAGAAGGAGUUGCAGUACGUUGAGACCAUCAGCAGUAAACAAAGCGAGCUGGAUUCCUUCAUUGCAGAGGGCUACAAAACGGCACUUUCGGAGGAGCGCAGGAGAUACUGUUUCCUAGUGGACCGUCAGUGUGCUGUGGCCAAGAACAGCAGCGCUUACCAUGGAAAGGGUAAAGAUUUGCUCACCCAGAAGAUCCCAGUAUGGCAGCAGGCCUGUUCAGACCCCAACAAGCUGCCUGAGAGGGCCAUGCUGAUCACCCAGCAGAUGACGUCUGGUUCCAGCACUCUCCUCUCCAGCCCUCUGCACUCCUCCAAGGGCAACCUGGUCAUCUCAGAUCCCAUCCCUGGAGCACAACCACUGCCCGUGCCACCUGAACUAGCUGCCUUCAUGGGAAGUGGCCUGGGCCACCAGGGGCGACUAAUGGGUCCUGAUGGCAUGUCUCUGGUGAACGGGACGACGGGGGUCCACGGGGACGAGUACUGGACGGACGGCGGAGUCGCCCAGGGAAGACCGCCAUCCCCACAGAGUCAGUCUCAAACCCAAAGCCAGCCCCAGAGACAGGUCAGCGACGUCUACUCCAACACCCUGCCUGUCCGCAGACCCCAGCCGGCUAAAAACAAGACCGCUGUGGGAGAGACAAGGACUCUGCCCCGGUCGAGUUCAAUGGCAGCGGGUCUGGAGAAGAACGGACGCUCUCUUGUCCAGGCCAUUUUCUCCCACGCUGCUGGAGACAACAGCACCCUGCUCAGCUUCACUGAGGGAGACAUCAUCAUCCUGCUGGUGCCAGAGGCUAGAGACGGCUGGCACUAUGGAGAGAAUGAGAAGAACAAGAUGCGUGGCUGGUUUCCUUUUUCGUACACUCGAGUGCUGCCCGACAGCGACAGUGAGAAGUUAAGAGUGAAUCUUCAUCAUGGGAAAAGCAGCAGCACAGGGAACCUGCUGGAGAGAGAGGACAUGUCUUUGCCCAUGCCUGACUAUGGUCUGACUGCCCGACUUUUGGCACAGAGUCUUACACAGACUCGGCCACGCCCCUACAGCAUGGCUGGCUUUGCACAGCCAGCGCUAGAGGAUUAUGACAAUCCCUUUGCCACAAGUUCCGAUGGCAAAUUGAUUUCGACAGUGUGAACACAGACAGACUAUCAGACACAGAUACAGCUCCGGAUAGCACAGGGGCCACGCCCCUACUUCCCUUAGCCCCUCCCCCCUGUUAAGCUCUGCCUCCACACACUCCUCCUCCAAUGGAAGGGGCCAGUCUCAUCCCUCCUUUCUGUCCUCUCUUCCUCCCUGCGUCUUGCCGGGGCGAUAGUGCCGGUCGCGUGUGGUGGGUCGGGGGGGAGCUCUGAGAGGAUCGACCGGAACACAGUCCAACUGCUCGCCUCGCCGCUUUACGGACUGUGAUUCGCCUGUAGUGACGCCGCUAUGACAUCGCUGUGGACUCCAAAGAGACUGCUUACCACUUCCUGUCUUUCAUGCAUGAGCACAAGUUUUGCUAUGUGGUUGUUUUUUUAAAAUGACGACAUCAUGUAAAAGUGCCGAAAAGAAAAGCUCAUUUGGUAUUUUGGAGCAGCUCUCCUAAUGACGAAGCUCUCGCUGUUCUUUUUUCUAAGCAGAUGUUAUGGGAGGCUCAUGCGAAAUGAGGAGUGUUCUUUUUUUUAUUAUUUGUGGUUGAGUUGUGCAGAGUGUAUUCUCUCUCUGUGUUUUUGAAGAGCAUUUGCGUUUUUGUGAUUCCCUCAUGUAUUACCUGGUGCGCCUCUGAUCCAGAGGCUGUGUCACAUUGUGCCAAAAUUAAAGCAGAUUAGAUUUUCCUAUUCACAGACAGGAUUGGAAUAAUAUGAAGGAAAAUCUAAAUUCUCCCAAGUGCCAAACAACAGUGGACCUACAUACCAGCGUGAAGGUUGCAUGAGCUUCAAAAUACUUGGGUGGGACCGCGCUGUUCUCCGAGACCAGCACGUGUCCGCUCGCCUUGCAUGCAUGAAAGAAAAGUGCUCUGAGCAUAAACUCAAUCUAUCCCACCACACCCCCAAAAUCCCAUUAUCCUGUUUCAGACAUACAGAACUACAGGGUCUGAAUUGUGUUGAACUGAAUACAUUUAGAAAAAUAUGAUCCAUUAAUGGGAAACUGUGUAAGUUUUUGGAGGAUCUAUUGACAGAAAUUCAAUAUAAUAUACAUAACUAUGUGUUCAGAUGUGUUUAAAGACCUUUCAUAAUGAAGUGUUAUGUUUUUAUUACCUUAGAAUGAGCUAUUUCUAUCUACAUACACCGCGGGUCCCCUUACAUGGAAUUCGCCAUGUUGUUUCUACAGUAGCCCUAAACGGACAAACUGCUCGACAGACCAGAGCCAUUGAGAGAGAGAGUUACGCCAACGGAAGUUAAAAAUUUCUGCAUGUCACGUGAUUAAUUUUUUUCUGUUUAAAUGCUUUAUUUCUUUCAUUUUUUUAUUCAUUAAAUGACUUAAGUGUUUAAAUGGGUUAAAGGUUUAUCUCAGUUGGUCUGUUUAGUAACUUCCGUGAACUAUUGAGAGCCUCCAUGAACCGCCAUUGCUGUGAAAAAACGGUUCCAUUGGAGUCAAUGGAGUUGACGCGACUCUCUCUCUCUCAAUGGCUCUACUACAAAGCGCGUUGCGUAAAUAUGUUAUCUCCUUUGGCAAAGAAGCGUAAACGUGACUACAUCUCAGUUCCGGUCAGCCGCCGUAGUGCUUCGAAAUGGAGGGGUGGUGUGAGCCGUUGGUUGCAAUUCACAACCUCACCACUAGAUGACACAAAAAUGUCCACAUUCAAAUCGCAUUUCCGACGAAAUUGGACCUGACAGUUUAAAUAUCAUUAUUACAAGUUUACCAUGGUGAAUGUGGCGAAUUUUUAAGUACUUACUCAAUAACAAAUAUUUGUUUAGUUUAACUAAAAAAGUUAUGCCGUUUUUGCUCAAAUUGAUAUCUGCCAAAUGUAAUUCACAAAUGCAAACUAAAUACACAUUUACAGAAUAAAAUGAAUACGUAAACGUAAUUUACAAAUUACAGUUUUGCUUUACAAAAUACAUAAUUUUUAGAUUUAUAUUUUACUUUAAAUCUAAAUUGAUUUAGUUUAUUAAGUGAUGCAUUCUCAAAAUAGGGCUUACGAAUGUGAAAAAGAUCAUCCUUAUCUUUGUCAUACACUGUCUUAAAUCAUUCCAAUAAGAUGGGUACGCCACACAACAUUUGUGAAUCCUUUUUUUUGUGAAUAUUCAUUCCGAUGCAAUUCCGACCCUGAUAUGAAAGUGCCACCAGCCCAUGUCUCUAAAGCGUUCCCCUGUUGUACAGGAUGUUUGCAGUUUUAGGAUGUUGACUGACAGAUCCUCUGGAGCUGUGGUGUAGUCCCCUCUGUGUUGUUGUUCUUUUCAGUUUCUUUUCCUUGGAAAAUAGACAAACUAGGAAAACUGCACAAGAAAUAAGUGUAACGCUCACAAUAUGCAUGCCGAGGAGGAACAUAGUGAACAUUUGACCUUGAAUGUAUGGUGACUUUUUACGGAACGAAUAAAUAAAAAUAUCUAUAUAUUAAUAAAACAAUUGUUCAAAGAGCGUUUGAUGAUUUUCACUGUCAUUUUGAAUUUUGAACUCUUUCCACUGGGGAAAACGAAGCGCACCUCGGAUCACCCGUAAAACCAAACAACUCCCAUACAAACCUGAAGAGCAGACACUUGCGUGUUUGUGCAUCGUGUCCUUGUGUCUGUUUGAAGACGUGACCUGUCCGUGUGUUUUUGUGCUGUGUGCUUGCCUGCUAGCCUUAAUCUUCUAACUUCUCUUUCUGUGUUCUUACAGCGGAGAACUGAUCUGACAUAUAUAUAUAUACUCUAUAUUUAAGAUAUAUAAGAAAUCGAUAUUAUAGAUGCAUUCAUGAUGAGAUGUGCUCUAGAAUUUUUUUCUUUUUUUAAACACACUUUGCUUUAUGAAUUGGCCUGUUUGGUUAAGAACGACACUGCUAUGGGCAGACUCUUCAUUUUGCACUAUAUUUUGAACCCAUGUCAUCUCUUGAAGCGUGUUGUUUACUCAUCUAUUAACACAAGACUUGUGACGUCAUCUAUCCGAAUCAGUGAGCAGUUCAAAAACACCAUGUCACAGAGCGAGUAACCAACAGCCAUCUAACGCAACACUAACAGUCGUGUGAAUGCGGUGGAAAUGUAGCCAUGCAUAGCCUCAGUCCGAGCUGAGCUGUCAGGUACAAACCCCUGGACUUUCUUUACCUUCCAGUUUGGGUCCUGAAUUGUCCCGGUUCUGAGUGUUGCAGGACCUCCGUAAGUCACCUGCCUCCAUCGCUGCUAAGCCAACCGAUCAUGCCCUUUUCUUGUUUUUUGUUUUCUACUUUCAUUCGCUGUUGGGCUUAAACGGGCAAUAGGGCUUCACAACUGUUUCGUCUCAUGCCGCCACCCGCCUCUCUGGUUGGUUUGCUUUUUUUUGUGUGUGUGCUGUGUAAUUCGUACCGGCCAGAGAGGUCGUAGGUUGCCGGGAAAUGGUGUUUUCAUGGAGGCAAUGUGUUGGCACAGGAGGUAACCCCAAAUCUAACUCUUGCAUGCAUCUAUCAAUGCUGACUAAAGUAAACGCUCACGAACUGAGUCUUGUUCCAUUUGCAUGCUUGCUCGAUACACCCUUCAUAGACUUUCUUCUCCAAAUACCUGUUCAUAAGUAUAUGUCAAAUGAAUGGCUGUAUGCCUUUCAGCAGUACCUUUAUUCUGUAGCCCAAAUUGGAAUGCAAGUAGAUCUUGUUUAGUGCGUACAUGUUGAUGUGUGGUAGCGGCUCACUGGCGCAGGCUGUGUUGGAGACGUACUGACUGUGUUUGUUCUCCACCCCUUCGUCUAGUGAUCGUUCCUUGGAGGUCUACUUCAGGCCAAGCAUCAUGGACGACCGAUCUGCUCCUCUCUACUACUAGAGGAGCUCGUGCUGUGGCCUGUGCAGUAUACCGCGCUCUUCUGUUCUGUUUGUGUCAUUGCAACAACAUGUGGCAGCAGAGCACGUGUGCUUGCCUACAGGGGGGGCAAGCGCCGAGGAUAGACCGUAAACUUUGUAAUGAUCUUAACUGUGUAGCUUUAUAAGUAUUGAUGUAGUGAUGAAUUCGCAUCUUGCAAAAAAUAACAUUCAUUCUCGAUGGUUGUUUGUAAUGUUCAAGCGAUAGUUCACCCAAAAUCGAACAUUCUGUCAUUUAUUCACCCUCUAUGACUUACUUUCUUCCUUCCGCAGAACACAAAAGAAGAUAUUUAGAUGAAAGUCGGUAACCGAACAGCACCGAAACCCAUGCACUUCUAUUGUAUGUACACAAAACCAAUGCAAAUCAAUGGGUGCCGGUUAACAACAUCUUUUGUGUUCUGCUGAAGGAAGGAAGUCAUACAGGUUUGAAAUGACAAGAGGGUGAGUAAAUGAUGACAGAAUUCUUGGGUGAACUGUCACUUUAACAAACGUGGCACAGUACCGGCUAAUCCAAACUUCUUUUUUUUUGGAGAGGAUCAAGAUCAGAAGAGUUUGUAUAUUUGAGAUUGUGAAUGUAAAAAUAUAACAAGUAAUUAUCAUUUCCAUAAAUUGCAGUUCUAUAUCUUAGAUAAGGAUUUCUUUGUCUCUGUUUUGAAAUAUUUGUGUGACAGUUCGUCUGUGUAUCAUCACUCGUGAAAGCUGUGCUCGAGGGUGCUGGGAUAAAACUUCUUUCGAGCGGUUGCGAUAUUGUGGUCGCUUCAUAAUAAACAGACCACUAUGUUUUCUUAAUGCAGCUUUAGUGAUGCAAAUUCUCGGGUAAGAGAGAUCUGUACAGUGUAUUAGUCGCAAUAUAUAGUGCAAUUUCACAUGCAAGCAGCGCUGACACAGGGAUUGUGCCUUUAACAGCUGUAUGUAUUAUGUAUUAUGUUUGUAUUAUGCUCUUUGCAAAAAAAAAGAAAUGUGUGACUCCAUUGGCAUAUUUUAGGGAAUUGUUUCUUUGUAUUUUUGUGUUAUUCGAUCUUUUUUGUACUUUUUUGUUUGUUUCGUAAAUUUUCAAUGACUGUUCUAGAUAAGAGGGUUUGUUUGUUUUUCUUUGCUAGCUGCUUUUGCUAACAAAAUGUGUUGAGAAUUUAAAUCUUUAUCAACAUACAAUACUGCUUAUUCGGUGUAUUAAAAUAGGCUUAACUCACAAACAUGAAAAUAUUAAAUCACAGAUUAUGUAAAUAUUUGUUUUUGUUUGUUUCUGAGGGACUGAGAGUACAUAGUCCUUGUAAAUAUAAUCUCUUAGUUCAACUGUUUUCUUGCCACAGGGGGAAAUCUAAAGAAACCAAUAUGAAUGGCUUGUUUUUAUAUUAAGAAUCUAAUGUGGUGUGUGAGAAAGAUUGGGUACCUUGAAUGAUUCUUUAAUGGAUAGAUUUUUGUGUCUGACCAGCUUUAAAACUUAUUUUAAAAUGCUUUUUGUUUUCAUUUUGGCAUUCUGUUCAUUCUUAUUUAUGGAGAAUUGCAAAUGUUUGUGCCCAUUCUUGUAGGAAAUAAAAUGGCAAUAAAAAAGGUU